CCUGGCGGGCGAGACAAGCCGGGCUGCAAAGCCGCAGCCCCCACCUCCUCUUCCUCCUCCUCCGCCUCCUCCUCGUCCUCCUGCCGCUGCCCCUCCCGCAGCCCCCUGCCCCCCGGGGUGCCCGGGGUCCCCGCCUUCGUCGCGGCGGACAUGUGCACCAUGUCCUUCAAGAAGGAAACCCCGCUGGCCAACGCGGCAUUCUGGGCUGCCCGGAAAGGGAAUCUGGCGUUGCUGAAGCUGCUGCUGAACAGCGGGCGCGUGGACGUGGACUGCAGAGACAGUCACGGCACGACGGUCCUGAUGGUGGCUUCGUACGCCGGCCACGUCCAGUGCGUCCGAGAGCUAGUGUUGCAAGGAGCCGACAUCAAUCUCCAGAGAGAGUCAGGCACCACGGCUCUCUUCUUCGCCGCCCAGCAGGGCCACAACGAUGUCGUCUGCUUCCUCUUCCAAUUCGGGGCCUCUACUGAAUUCCGGACGAAGGACGGAGGUUCGGCCUUGCUGGCGGCCAGCCAGUAUGGACACCGGGAGGUGGUGAAGACGCUCCUGAAGCACGGCGCCAACAUCCACGACCAGCUCUACGAUGGGGCCACCGCUCUCUUCUUAGCGGCCCAGGGAGGCUACUUGGAUGUCAUCCGAUUGCUGCUGUCUUCGGGGGCGAAAGUGAACCAGACGAGGCAGGACGGGACGGCGCCUCUGUGGAUCGCGUCCCAGAUGGGGCACAGCGAGGUGGUGCGGGUGAUGCUCUUGCGAGGAGCGGACCACGACGCUGCCCGGACGGACGGCACCACGGCCCUGCUCAAGGCGGCCAACAAAGGCUACAACGACGUCAUCGAGGAGCUUCUUAAGUUCUCUCCCACCCUCGGCAUUCUGAAGAACGGCACGUCGGCCCUGCACGCCGCGGUUCUUAGCGGCAACAUCCGAGCGGUGACUCUCCUCCUGGAGGCGGGGGCCGAUCCGGCCCUCCGAAACAAGGCCAACGAACUGCCGGCAGAGCUCACCAAAAACGAGCACAUCCUGAGUCUCCUCCGAACGAAAGGAACCCCCUGGAAAUCCUAAUGCAGCUCCACGUCCGAGAAGGCCAGCCCCAUCCACGUCGGAACCGGGACCAAACUGGGCUGGAAUACGG